AUGUUGUCUGGAGGACUUCUCACACUUGCCGCAGCGGCGACUGUCGUCGCUGCAGAUACGUAUAAUGUGCCGGCCAAGGCGAAUCCCCUGGGCGAGCCGUUUGACGGCUUUGUGAGCUACUCGCUCGAGUUUUCGUCGUUUCCCGAUUUUGCAGGAAACAAGUCCCACCCCAACACCUUCUCCGGCAACCUCCUCGCCAACCUCGCCCGCCUCUCCACCACGCCCUACAUCCGCGUCGGCGGCAACACCCAAGACUACGCCCUCUUCGACGCCUCCCAGGCCGCGGCCCUCAUCGGCACCGUCGAUCCCUCCCGCUCCCCGGACUACCCCACGACCAUCACCAUCGGUCCCGCGUACUUCGAGUCGUACGCGACAUGGCCCGGCCUCGGCGUUCGCUUCUCGCACGGCUUCAACAUGGGCCUCGGCGGCAACCGCUCUGCCGGCUGGCAGACGCUCCUCGAUACCGUGCCGCUGGCGUGUCGCGCCCUGAAGGGCAAGACGUAUACUUGGGAGUACGGCAACGAGCCUGACUUGUUUAGCACCUCGGCGCAGGGGCCCGUCCGGCCGCCGACCUGGAAUGAGAGCACGUACGUCGAACAGUGGCUCAACGCGACGAGGCACAUCCGCGAGUCUGUUAGGAAGAACUGUCACGGGACGGCGUCUCCGCGGUUCAUGGCGCCGUCGAAUGCCGGCGUGAGCAACCAUCUCAAGGCGACCAAGAUGUGGCCCGCCGGCCUGAACCAGGACAAUGAUAUCGAGCUGUUCUCAACCCACAACUACAUCAGCGGCGCGACAUCCCCGGGCGUCACGCUUCAGGGCACGCUCAUGAACCACACCAAGACGAUGCUGUCCGUGGACGCGCACACCAAGGAGUACGACGCCAUCUUCCCCGGUGCCCGCGCCGCUGGCGGCAAGGGCAGCGACAAGACGCCGCCGCUCAUCUUUGGCGAGACCAACUCGCUCUACAACCAGGGCAAGCCCGGCCUGUCCAACUCGUUUGGCGCCGCCCUCUGGGGCGUCGACUUCAACCUCUACUCUGCCUCUGUGGGCUUCAAGCGUGUGCACAUGCACCAGGGGACCAACUACCGCUAUCAAGCAUGGCAACCCGUGACGACAGACCUCGACGUCGUGGGCACCAAGGCGCCAUACUACGGGAGCGUCGCCGUCGCGGCCAUGGUCCGCCCCGUCAAGAAGAACACGCCCGUGAGCAUCUCCGCCAUUCCUCUGGGCUCCGACUCGGCCGAGGCCGCGUAUGCAGCGCACUUCCACCCCGCGGGCCGCAAGAACAGGGACGAGUCGCGCCUCGCCCGCGUCAUGGUGAUCAACCUGCACGGGUACAACACCACGGUCGGCGGCGCGGGCCUGGAGCCGGUGCUGAACCCGCCUGCGCGCAUGAGCAGGACCUACACCUUUGCCGUAGGCGGCGCCGGUGUCAAAGAUGGCGCGAGGGUUGGUGUGCAGAGACUCUUAGCCAACGGCAGCGACGCCAUUACCGGCAUCACGUUUGACGGCUGGAGCUACAACUGGGAUCUGGAUCAUGGCAAGCCCGUGAGGCUGCACAACGUCACUGUCGGCGAGACCGUCAAGGUCAAGGGCGGGCAGGUGUCAGUAGAUGUCCCCGAUUCGUCGGCGGUGAUGUUGUCAUUCGGCAACUGCUAG